ACAUAAUAUGUGGGGUUACAUAUUAAAUGCCCCCACAUAACAAUUCAGGGAAGGGGGCACGGUGAUGGGCCUAUGAGCUCAGAGCUCAGUGGAGGGACCCAGCGAGGAGGCACUAUCACACAGUCCAGAUAGGAAGUAGCAGAUGCCUUCAUUUGGGACUGGUGGCUAACGGGUCUAGGUGGGGGACCGGGGAAGCUGGUUCAGGGGUUCUGGAGGUCCAGUUGGCUUUGUCAGGACCCAGGGUGAGCCAGUGGCUGGUCAGCAGGCCGCGUGGGCCAAAAAGAUUUCUUCCUGGGAGGCAGGGAAGACAAGGCCACCUAUACCGCCUUUUUAAAUCUGGGGCCUGAGAAGAGGUAACGGGGUAAACUACAACUCCCAGAAGCGUCUGCUCCCCGAAGACAAGGGCGGUUGUCAUGGUUUCAGAAAACAAUAUGGCCGCUCCCAUCUGGGACGGGAGUCUCUGGGUUAAAGAGUCUGAGAUAAAUCUGGGUACCCGCAGCGGCAAGGGAAGAGGCGCUUGAGCGCUAGUGAGUUUAAGGCAGGACGCUGUACGACUGGAACGACUUGCCUUUGCUGGGGGCGCCAAUGGCGGGCAGCGUGGACGAGGAGGCGCUGCACCAGCUGUACCUGUGGGUAGACAACAUCCCUCUGUCCCGGCCAAAGCGAAAUCUCUCCCGGGACUUCAGUGACGGAGUCCUGGUUGCAGAAGUCAUCAAGUUUUACUUCCCCAAGAUGGUGGAGAUGCACAAUUAUGUCCCUGCCAAUUCUCUCCAGCAGAAGCUCAGCAACUGGGGUCACCUGAACAGAAAGGUGCUGAACAAGCUGAACUUCUCCGUACCAGAGGAUGUGAUGCGCAAGAUCGCACAAUGCACCCCAGGCGUGGUGGAGCUGGUGCUCAUUCCGCUGAGACAGCGCCUGGAGGAGAGGCAGAGGCACCAGAAGCAGGGCUCGGGCUCCUUACAGGAGCUGGCUCCCCAGGAUGGCACUGGCUACAUGGAUGUGGGUUUGUCUCAGAAGGCCCGAGGGGAAGGUGCCCCAGAUCCCCAGGGAGGGAGGCAGCUCAGGGUGGGGCGGCUGCCAGGGCCCCGGCCUCCAGGGUACAGCCAGGUGCUGCAUGGCGACCCAAGCGUCGUCCUUCAGAUUGCUGAAAAGGAGCAGGAGUUGCUGGCCUCACAGGAGACCGUGCAAGUCCUCCAGAUGAAGGUGAGACGCUUGGAGCACCUGCUGCAGCUCAAGAACGUGCGCAUCGAUGACCUCUCCCGGCGGCUCCAGCAGGCGGAGCGUAAGCAGCAGCGGCUGGAGAAGCACAGCCACUGAAGAAGAAGAGGUGAGGAGUGGGCUCAGCCAGGUGUGGGGAAGACAUCGGCUGUGCCUCUACCCGUCAUCUUCCCCUCCCGUGAAGUACGCUUCAGAGUACUUGGGGUGUAUGGGGCACGGCUACCCCCAUUAAAGGUGCUGUCCUCUUUUUCCUGCACUUGCCUUCUCUCUCUGCCUGGAUCAUUGGGGCAGCGAGGUCCUGCCCUCUUUUGCCGCCCUUUCCACCCCUCGAGUGAAAUAGCCUUUUGGGCCUAGAGUGGGUCUUGCCCUGUGGGCAGCUGGGCCCUAGGAGGCCACUGCUUGGUAGGUUGAUAUCGCAGAGGUCAGGUCUUCUGCACUAGAAGAGUCCAGCUUCUAACCCUGGCCGUAUUAGUCCAAGGAUUGUAUCAACCCUCAACCCGCCCCCUUCCCGCCCACCACAGUGUCCUCCAACUCACUCCAAACCCAGACUUGAUUCUCCCCAAAUGUAGCUUCAUGCUCAUGCUCAUCCUUGCUCAUGGACUGACCCCUAAAUAUGUCCUCUGUAUGACUCUCAGUCCUGAUCAAGACACCAUGGCCAUGGGGUGACCCUAACUCUGAUCAGUAACACUGAACAUUUGUAAAUCCUGAGCCUCCCACAAUUUGGUUCCUAGGCACAGACUCAACAUAUGCCCAGGAGAAACUUAAGCUCUGUGUUUUGUGACCUGGGAUCCAUGUGUAGCAAUGUUCAUAGCAACACGUUUUGUAACAGGAAAAGAACUUGUAUUCGUUAUCUAUUACUGUGUAGCAAAUCACCACACUUAAUGGCUUAGAACAGCACUCAUUUAUUAUCUCAUACUUUCUGUGGCUCAAGAGUCCAGGCAUCUGGGUCCUCUGAUUCAGGGUUUCCCACAAAGCUGCAAUCACGUUGUUGGCCAGAGCUGUGGUCUCAUCUGAAUGUUAUCCUGGGGAGGGGCUCACUUCCAAGUUCUCUCGGUCAUUCACAGAGUUCAGGUUCUUGUGGACCGUUGGACUGAGGGCUUCAGUUUCUUGCUGGGUGUUGGCUGGUGGCGGCCCUCAUUUCCUUGCCACCCAGCAAGGGAGAGAGUUAGGGUCUGCUAGCAAGAUGGAAGUUAUAGUUUAGCUAAUGUCCUUAUGGGGGUAACAUCCAUCACGACCAUCGUUUGCUAUUUUUUUGAAAUAAGUCACUCAGUCCAGCCCACAUCCAAGGAGAGAGGAACACAUAGAUUUGAAUAUCAGGAGGCAGAGGGCGUGGGGAGCCGUUUUAGAAUCUGGCUUCGAGGAGGAAAAUGCAAUGAAGGAUACACUCUAGGCUAGUGGUUACUUCUGAGGGAAAGCGGAGAGCAGAAAUGCAAGAAGCGCAUGUGUAGAUAUAAGUUAUUUGUAAUGUUUUAGUUCUUGGGGCAGGUGAAGGGUUUACAGAUGUUCAUAAGUGGGUUGUUUAUGGACAAGUAGGA